AUGCAGCCCGAUGCCUCAACUCGAUCCCGGCCGAAACGAAAGCCCAGGAUCCGGUACACAAACGACGAUAGUGAUUCUGAUAGCUUCUUCGAUGUGAGAGCCCAAUCCUCAAGGCCGGCGCGCGGCACUCGCCGAAAUUAUCGAGAGUUGUCCGACGAUGACUCUGAUGAACCUGCCGAUUUUUCUGCCACUCCCUCCGUCCCUUCAAGUCAUGCGUCUGCUACUCAAGCCUCUCGAGAACAUAUCGGGACACGAUUACGGUCUGACGGAGUCCAGACACAGAAAAGCUCACACCGUCGACCAAGGCCUGCGAACGCCUUCACUACAUACAAACGACAAAAGCUUGAAUCCUCCAAGAUCGUCUCCAACCUUCAACAUGCGAAACUCUCUACGUCACCAGUCACGGAUCGUUGCAUACCUCCCUGGCAAGAACUUCCAUACGCAGUCCUCCAGAAUAUCAUGGUUUUCGCCUCAACCCCGCUCUACGGAGCACGUUCGGCCACCACUCCCUCAAUCAACUGGUUAUGCGCUACUUCAACCCUGUGUAAAUCAUUCCACGAAGCAUGUAUGGCUGCUCUUCUGUACAGUCCUCCUGUGUACCCGGCCCAUCGCGCUCACGGCUUGAUUGCCCUCCUUCGACAAGGGCGGAACAAGCCAUUCACCGAUCAUCGUACUAAGAUCAAAGCCUUGGACGUUGAGGUCCAACACCUGCUUAUGAGAAAGAGUGGUAUCGACUUGGAGUUACUCAUAGCGAAUACACCACUUCUGCGGAGCCUACGCUUGUAUCAUAAUGACGAUGACCUGCCCAAUCACCCUUGGUCUCGAAAUGCACCUUCAAGAUCAAAUUGGGCAUACCCCCAGCAACUAUUCGACAAGCUCGAUCAACAAAACAUUCUUCUCCAAAGCUUCGAAUGGAAUGGCCGAUUUCCCAACCCCAUAGAUGCUUUGGAAGCUGCCGUGCAUGCCCAGUCACGAACAUGCUUUAGCCGAUUGCGAGAAGUAACAGUGGUCAAUUUUAGCCUUCCCAAGAAGUCUAGCGACGUCGAAAUUGCAAAAGCGCAAAGCUUGCUUACGGCAGCAUUACAGACGUCGAGCGACCUACGACGUCUUUCUUUCAGAUCUUGUUCGCUCAUCGACGUCGCUGGCAUCUCGUGCAUUCCCAACCGGCUCGAAUAUCUUGAGUUCCAGAAUUGCACACAGCUGACCUCUUCCGCUUUGGGACAAUUUCUCACCUCGCGGGGACAUAACUUGACCACAUUAAAAUUGUUCGGAAGCCAAUCCAUGUCACUUGAGUUCAUGACUGAGUUAAAAGAUAUCUGCCCUCGUCUGCAGGUUCUUGACGUUGACCUUCUCUACGCAGACGAAACCUCCUACUCCGACCGGGACCCACUCUGGGAUUCUCUAUUCCCCAAAGGUCCCCCAACCUGGCCAGGAAGCCUGGUCACCAUCUCCAUGGAUAACGUGCGCCAACUUGACAUUGACGACGCCGAAAAAUUCCUCUCUUCACUUGUGGACUCCUCAGAAAACCUCCCACGACUUAAGAAACUCAGUAUCAGGGCGAUAUUGAAGCGAUCAAGCUGGAGAGACCGCGCCACACUGCGAAAGAAAUGGCUUUCCACACUUGAAAACGUUUUCCUCGACACAUCUGCGCCCAUCAAUUGGGCUGCCAAAUCUGAGAAGAGGCCUGCGAAAUCUGCAAUCCUUGCAAAGCCUGCACAGCGACAGAGUACACGUAUUGCGCGUGUCCACUCCGAGAAGUCCUCAUCAAGAGAUACGACAGACGACAGCGACUCUGCCACUUCGUCCGUGCGACACGCAAGAUGCAGCAUUGUCAACCUAGUCAUUUCAGACCAGCGACCCACGCAAGACCAAUUCCACGAAGAAGACUUCCUGGACGACGAACCCACCGACGAUGACGAGUGGAACGGUGACGCUCGCGACGACAUUCACCUCUCUACCGCCUAUGCUUGGUAG